GACGGAGCCGAUCGAGUGGGACCGACGAGACCUAGCACCUCAGCGGAGGAGAGGACCAGAACCUCGCAGUCCAGCCGCGGAGGCGGCGUCGCGGCCAGCCCGGGGCAGGAUUAUUCAAAAUAAAGUUGCAGCCAUUUUCAACUAGGAUCAAUGAUCAGAAUUUUUCUAUAAAAAGAAAUUUCCAAGUUAAAGAUGAAAGGAAAAUUCUGGAAUUGUCGGGAUUCUAACUGACAGGAUAAAGAACACAGUAUUUCACAGUUGCUUGUGAUGGAACCCUAGUGAAAUUCAUCACUUUGGUAUGCACCCAACGGGGAACAUGGAUGUUGGUUUUUCUCGUUCUGCUGUUCAGACACUGUCAAGAAGCCACUGCAAAAACAUCAAACAAAAAAUUUCUCAGUGGGAAGGAAGGACUAAUGGCCUAUCUAAUCGAGAUAAGUGGCACCAGAAGGACUUUGGGGCGAGAUACAAAUGUCAUCAGGAGAUGCUUCUUAAGAAGAAUCCUGUGGCUGAGGGAAAGGGCAACAAGUUCGAUGGAACCAACUCUCACAGUGUCCGCCUAGAUAUUAAUGAAGAUGCCAAAAGCCAUGUGCAGAGUGAGGGGGAACGUGAGAAACGUGACAAAACACACAUCUCUAAAAAUGAAUCAGAAUCCAACUGGGUAUGUUCCCGUGUCAAACAAAUUGAAAACUGGAAAGAAGUUGUUUUGGAUCCAGAGACUUCAUUACCUCCAGGAAAUUUCUAUACCUCACAAAUACUGUGGAAGAAAAUUGAGGCACUUCCCCCAGAUAAAGUCUUCAAUUUGGCUCUCGAACAUUGUGUCUCUUCAGAGAAAGAACUGAAUUUCAGGGUUCUGAAGGGUUCAUAUGGAGUAACCAAGAGCUUGGAAAACAUUUACUCUGAGCCUGAGGGACAAGAAUGUGGACCUUCUAUAAACCCUUUGCCAAAACCUCGUAGAACAUUCAGAUAUUUAUCUGAAUCUGGUGUUACACCAUGUAAAGAAAGAAACUGUGACAGAAAAUACUGUGAAAAUAAUUCUUGUGCAGAGUCUCCUUUGGCCUCUUCUCAGGAACCUGAACCAAAGAAAUAUGGUGGAAAAAUCAGAGGACGGUCUAAAAGGAAAUCCUUUGAAUUUGAAGAUAUUCAUCACUUUCGAAAUCGGAACACGCAGAAGAUGCAUGAAGAACUUGGAAGAAAUUCUGGCUCAGCACUUUAUUACACGCAGUCCGAGGACAACAUCUAUGAAGAUAUAAUAUAUCCUGCCAAAGAGAAUCCCUACGAAGAUAUCCCGAUGCAGGCCUUUCCCCUGUGGAGGCCGCCAUCAGCGUGGAGGCUUCCGCCACCUAAGAGCGCCUUCCGAGCACCCAAGCUUCCUCCCAAACCUCAGUUCCUUCACCGCAAGACUAUGGAACUGAAGAGCUCUCAGGCUUAUUUAAGGUCAAAGCUCACAAAGGAUACCACUUUGCCUGUCACUUUAACUGAAUGGAAGCUUUUCCGGGCUGGAGAAGUUGCAAACAGGAAAAGAAAAAAUCUUCCACGGCUUGUAUUGAGAAUAGAUGACAUAUUUGAAUCAAAGAGAGGGAAGAAGAGAGUAAAGUUACACCCUUACACUGGAAAAGACGUACCUCCUUCAAAAGGUGAAACCAGUGGGAACGAAAGUGAUGCCGAGUAUCUGCCAAAGAAUCGCCACAAGCGCUUAGCACAACUGCAGCAGUCUUCCAAGAGGAACCCCCACUACCAGACCUUAGAGCGCGAUCUCAUUGAAUUACAGGAGCAGCAGCUGUUUGAACUUUUUGUGGUGGUGUCUCUGCAAAAGAAGCCAUCCGACACAAGCUACGUUCCGCAGGUCAUACAGCAGUUCCCUGGCAAGGGUGAUCAUGGCUUUAAGCAAUCCAAGGACACUGAGGAGAGGCUCAAAGUUAUCCCCAAAUUUUGCUUUCCUGAUUCAAAGGACUGGGCUCCAACCUCAGAACUCAAGAGUGAAACGUUCUCCUUUGUCCUAACUGGUGAAGAUGGAAGCCGGUGGUUCGGCUACUGUAAGAAGCUUUUGCCAGAAGGCAAAGGGAAGCGGCUCCCUGAGGUUUACUGCAUGGUCAGUCGCCUAGGCUGCUUCAACCUGUUUUCAAAGAUUCUGGAUGAGGUGGAGAAGAGAAGGGAGAUGUCCCCAGCUCUGGUCUACCCCUUCAUGCGAAGCGUCAUGGAGGCUCCCUUCCCCGCCCCCGGCCGCACCAUCACAGUCAAGAGCUACCUCCCUGGCGCCGGAGACGAGUCCAUUGAACUCUGCCGACCCCUGGAUUCCCGACUGGAACACGUGGACUUUGAAUGUCUGUUUAAGUGCCUGAGCGUGUGUCACCUCAUCCGGGUCUGUGCCUCUCUCCUGUUGGAGCGAAGGGUCAUCUUUGUUGCCAACAGCCUAAGCACCCUGUCAAAAUGCGGCCAUGCCGUGGUCGCCACACUGUAUCCGUUCACCUGGCAGCACACCUACAUCCCGGUCCUGCCAGCGUCGAUGAUCGACAUCGUGUGCUCGCCCACACCGUUCCUGAUUGGAAUCCUGUCUUGCUCCCUGCCGCAGCUUCAGGACCUGCCCAUCGAGGAGGUGCUGAUCGUCGAUCUCUGUGCAGACAAGUUCUUGCAGGAGGUAUCUGAUGAGGAUGAAAUUUUACCACCAAAACUCCAGGCUGCCUUAAUGCAGAUUCUGGAAGAACGAAAUGAGAUUUUGGCUCAGGAGCAGAGCUUUACACAAGACGUGACACUCAACUCUCUGGUAUCAGAAGCAUUUGUCAGGUUUUUCGUGGAGCUGGUGGGACAUUAUUCUCUGAACAUGACUGUCACUGAGCGUGGGGAGCGUGUGUUCCAAAGGGAGCCAUUCCGUAAAUCCCACACCUCCCGAAGCGUUCGCCACUUCCUGGAUCUCUUCAUGGAAACGCAGAUGUUUGCAGGAUUCAUCCAGGAUCGCGAGCUUCGGAAAAGUGGGGUGAAAGGUUUGUUUGAGGUCCGGGCUCUGCAGUAUUUGGAGACGAUUCCUGAGUCUGAGCCCAGUGGGGUGAACAGAAUUUUGCGGAGUCUUGGAAGUAAAAUGAAAUUUCUGCAGAAGAAAUGAAAUCUUCAAUUGACUGUCUCAUCCUAAAUAGGACAGAAAGUGCCAAAGAAAAUAUUUUCCCAAGAGUCAGGAUGCCCUGAAGUUUUCAACAAGAUCCUUGGAAGUUGAAAAGGUUACAGAGCAGGCCAGAUUCUUGGAGGAGGAUUCUCCUGUUGCUGCUUUAGUAAUCACUGGAGAAUUGCUAGGAGUCAUGGAACCAAAGCUCUCUUUACUCUGCCUCCAGUUUUUUCUUAAGUGGCCUUAUUUGAUUCCUGGGCUUCUUUGUUUUGUGCUUAGCCUAUGAAGGCACUUGUCUUUCAUAAGGGGAAGAUUUGGUGUUGCAAUUUUUAAAAACAGCUCAAAGAGAAGCACAAUGAGAGAAGUGCAGAGUUUAAGGUACUAGGGAGGCAUGAUAGAAGUAGUGAACACUAGCCCUACACACAUAAUUCUCAUCACUGAAAUACCAUGGCAGCUUUAAACCUAUGGGCUGUUUGA